AUGAAGAAAAAGGAGAGGAAGGCCCUGACGCGUCCACUAAAUGCCUCGAUCCCCGACUUUAGGAUCCGCAGGAAAGAGUUGAAAUAUCUGGCCGACCCGCUGGCUCUCGCCAACUAUGUCAAGAAAAUGUUAAGAAAAGACAGAGAUGUGCAGAUGCUCAAUCUGGUAAGAAUGGCCAGUCGCGAGGGACAGCGCAUCGUCAGUUGGAAUCACCUUAUCGAUUGGGCCCUGCAGAAAGGCCGCCUAGCCCACGCACUGAAGAUGUACAAUGAGAUGAAAAAGCGAGCACAAUUCCCCGACGCUUAUACGUACGCAAUCCUCCUGAACGGCAUGACGAAUUGCGCCCAUGCAUCCGGUGUCCUGGAGAAGGCCCUCUCCGUAUAUCAUUCCAUGUUCGCCGACAAUUCGCGCGUUCAGCCCUCCAUAAUUCACACCAACGCCAUGUUGAAGCUCUGCGCGAGGAUGAACAACAUGGAUGCGCUCUGGGGCGUGGCCGCAAAAAUCCCGGAUAAAGGCCCUGCAACCGCCAAUGCCAUUACCUAUACGAUCAUACUCAACGCGAUCCGCCAAAGUCUGCUCGUCGGUGUCCCACCAAUGGAGUCGGAUGAACAGAGGGACCUCCGUAGAGAUCGCGGCGUCGUGGAAGGAAGACGUGUCUGGGAGGAGGUCGUCAGCAAGUGGAGAGACGCCCAACUCGUCAUUGCAGAAGAGCUAGUCUGCGCAAUGGGCCGCCUACUUCUCGUCGGCGCGCGCCCCCGAGACUGGGACGACGUCCUCUCCCUCGUCGAGCAAACCAUGGACAUCCCCCGCUUCGUGCCGCGCUUGGGAUCCGUCGAACGCCGCGAAGCCGGCCUCCCUCACCUCCGCGCCCCCAACGUCUCCGACCAAUUCCGCUACGAUGACUCGCACCUCAGCCCUUCCAAGAAUUCCCGCCGAGGCGACGAAUUCCUUCCCGUCCUCCCCCAGGGUGUCGAAGGUGUCAUACCCAGCACCCUGACGUACGCCAAACCCUCCAACAACACCCUCUCGCUCGUCCUCGAGGCCUGCCAAAAAAUCGUCGCCAAAGACGCCGCAGACCGCUACUGGAACCUCCUCACCGACCCGUCCACCUACGCCAUCACCCCAGAUCUGAAUAACCUCAACUUCCGCCUGCGCCUGCUGCGCCAGAACCGCGCUUCCACGGAAGCAGUCAAGCUCCUUAAAGAGUACUUUGUCGAUAAGAAAAAGAGUUCGGAACUGGGUCUGGAAAUGCGCCCCGGUACCCUGAGAAUCGCCAUGAGCACCUGCGUCCGCGACAAGAAUAACCACCGCUCGCUUUGGAACGCAGGCGAGAUUCUAGCCAUCAUGAUGGACACGCUCGAAGACGCGGAUGCCAAGACGGUCACGCGCUACGCCGACCUCGCGGUCGCGUUCCCCCUGGCCAAGGGCGGGGAUCUGGUCGAGGCGCUGGCGAGGCUGGAGCCCGUGGUGAGGAAUCUGCGCAUGCAGCUGGGCGUCGGGGCGUCGGACAUGGAACCCUGGGCGAAAGGGCAUAAGAUUCGCAGUGCGGAGGGCGCGGUGAUAUUGGAGGGGGAGCAGAGGGAGGCGGUGAUUGAGGCGUUGAGGCGCGUGUAUGCGGUGCACGAUAAGCUGAUCAAUUCGAACCUGGUUUCGGAGCGGGAGAAGGAGCCGUUUAAGAGGAGGAAGGCGAGGUUGAGUGCGUUUCUGCAUCGGUUGGGGUUCAAGGAGCGCGUCAAGAGCUUGCCGCCGGGGAUGAAGUGGGAUCGGAUGAAGGGGAGGUUGGAGAUGGAGGAGGAGUUGGAGGAGACUUGA